AUGGAUCUUCACGCAGGGUCGAGCGCUUCGGGCGACGCCGGAUAUCAAAAAAUGGAGGCGAUAUCGCAAGAUAUACAACUCCUCCCGGAAGCAACCCUUAAGGAAAUUAGCAAAGGGUUGUUGGUAAACUUUGUUCUGUCUUGUGAAGACAUCGACAAAGUGAACCGAGUAUGGCAGAGCUUAUUGAAGACGUUUUCGACGGCUUCAACAUCUAACACCCAUACUGUGGCUUCAUGCAAUACGCUAAGCGCAUUUCUUGACACUGCACUUGCUUCAAAAUGUGAAGGAACAAGAAAAUUGGCUUUCUCCAAUGAGACUUGGUCUGCUGUGUUUGAGGUCUACAUGGCUCGCUAUAAAGAUGCAAAUCCAAAGGGGAUGAGACUAGUCCUGGAGUGCCUGGUCGGCCUCUUUAAUAAAAACCCCCAGGAAACCGACAAAGAUUUAAUCAGAUCCAAGAUUACUGAGACAACCAUCCCUAGCAUUAUCCUUGGCGAGCCUCGCUCGCGACUUAAGGCGUCUUUCGUCUCUUUGGAGGCUCUGCUACGGAAGGGCGCAAUCUCUCCCAUUGAGUUUAUCUCACUGGUAGAGAGUUGGCUUCUGGAGAAUCGUGAAAGAUGGAUCUCACUCCUUCAGGAGGAUUGCAAAUCUCUGUCCAUAGAUAUCAAUCGCUUCCUCGCAAGUGCUCCAAGCUCCGAGUCGAAACAAAUUGUGGCCGAGAUCCUUCUUUUGAGAUUAUUAACCCAAGCCAAAACAGCAGAACUUGCUGCUUCAUCAGGGGAUUUAAUGGCUGUUUUCUUCCAGAAAGUUAAAAACCUUGACACGUCCGGGCCAUCCUCUCAAGAGAUUUCUCAGAACUUGUCAUCAAUUUGGGUGAUUCCAGUUAGGCACCUUGCGCUGCAGAACCUGGAUAAUCUAGAGCUGAUGUCUAAUUACACCCUUCAGCCUUUGUUUAAACUUGACCCUGCUGGAUUUAGAGCAUUUUUAGAAAAGUUACACCUGAAGAACUUGCUCGCAGGGGAUAUGAGUGAGGCGCCAUUACCAGAGCUGACCCUUCUCUUUGCAUCGCUGCAGAUGGCAAAGAAAGUUGGCCUGGUCCACGAGGAUAGUAAGUGGAAAUGCUUUUUAAACCCUGUUCGUGUUCCAGGGUCUUCAGCCAAUGACGCCCAGAAUGCGCUCGUUCUCAAGAGCGAAAUGAUUGGCCAGUUCCUAUUCCAUAGAGAACAUAGUAUCAGGAUAGCAGCACUUUCACUCCUGAUAACGGCACCUGCGACAACAAAGCCGGUUUCUUCGGCCACAAUAAGAGCGAUAUUGAAAGGCUUGCCGUCUAUGCACUCUGAAUCUGCCGACCCAUACGCCAGAGGAGAGAUCCUGAGCUUGAUACGCAAACUGAUUCCUCGUCUCAAAGGCGGUAUUCUGAGUGAACACGAAAACUUGGCUGAGACAAAUGUUCCAAAUAGCAAAAGGCAUCAGCCGAAGUUUGCCCGUGACGAUUCUGAGACGCAAGAGUGCCUGAAAGAAUACCUGGAGUUAUUGAAAGAUGACCUGCGAUCUACAGCCUCUUACCCGCGCCACAUCAUGGCAUUGAAAACAUUGAUCCAUCUACUUGAAUCUGGCCUCGAUGCCCGGUAUGCUGGUCACAUUGCUGCCAAACAAGCGGGAAACGUCACAAAGUGGCGACUUAACAUGGAUGUAUUUGAGCCAAGCCUGCUCAGAUUGUUGGUAGACCUUUUACUGGAUCCAUAUGAGGAAGUGCGGGCUACAUCCCUCACUUUGCUUAAUAUGUUUCCUCGAGACGUCUUACUAAGUGGCUACGUGCAAUCCGGGUGCAACAGGAAGUAUGAGAAGCCGCAGUUCGUGGAGGCCUUGAAUAGAGCAGAACAACUGGCAAGUAAUACUAGUAGAGCUGACCAUGCCGAUACUGUCGCUCGUCUGUAUCACAUAUUCUUUACAGCAGCAGACGAUGAUAACUCGAAAGUGGCGGAUAGCUGGUGGGAAACAAAACAAGGAGUUGUCGAUAAUCUCCUGAAGAAACUGGAAGAAAAACUAUCCCUUGCAGGUGGUCUCUUCAACUCUUCUAUGCGUGAUGCACCCCUACACGGUUACGUCUCUGCUCUUAGAUAUAUUGUGUUAACUCCUGAUUUCCAUGUCUUGAUCUCAAACGCACAGACAGGGUACGGGGCCUGGCGAACCGUACACUCAAGGAUAGUGGCUGUUUGUGACAAGAUUUGGAUUGAAGUGAAGCCCAUACUCUGUAUUGAUUCUCCGGAAGGCCACACCGAUGAGCCCAUUGACGAUCUAACUGUCGGCCCUAAGGAUAUCCUUUCUUAUUCUUGGCGUGCACUUCGGGAGUCGAGUCUCCUGCUUUACGCAACACUCGCCAAUAGGACGUACGGCCCGAAAGGAGAAUCAGGCUUGACGAAGGGUGACUUUGAGACAAUAGGAGUCGCAAGCUUCACACAGCUGGCCGAGCUUCGCCAUAGGGGUGCAUUCUCGACUGUGUCUCAAACCUUUGCCACCUGUUGUUUGCGUUGUGGACAGUCGAGCGACCCUGAGAUUGCAAGCCUACCUCAUAGAUGGUAUCAGGAAGCUAGAAAGAUUAUCUUCGAGACCGCAUCAAAGCUAACGCGUCGUUCCGCUGGGCUUCCUGCACUGGCCACUGGAAUUCUUUCAUCUAACCCUGGAGGGCAGCUCUUCCAAGAUGUCAUCAAGGAGCUCAUCGAGAUAUCUCACCUUCCAGUACAACAAGAUGAUGAUAACCAGGAGAUGGAGCUACCUCAAGUCCAUGCUCUGAACUGCCUGAAGGAAAUUUUCACCAAUAACAAGGUUGGCGCUCAUACAGAGCCGUUUAUCAUGCCCGCUUUGAAUCUGUCGGCUGAGCAGCUGGGGUCGCCAGUUUGGAACCUGAGAAACUCUGGAUUGAUGCUCUUCCGAGCUUUACUCACGCGCAUGUGUCGCAGGGGUAGCGGUCUAGGGUUUGGCGGUAGCUCCGGAUCGGAACCCGGCGGUAGAAUUUCUUUCCAGAAAUAUCCGGGUCUUAUUCAGCUGCUCUCUGACCUUCUGUCGUCGUCGGAUGCGAGAAAUAACGCGGAAAAGGGUGACCAUGCGAUGGUCACUGAGCGAGUCUUCCCGGCUUUGGAACUCAUUGCGGAGAAAGUCCCGAACGCUUUUGAUACAGAUGACGUGAUGCUUCUAGGACUGGUCCGGGAACAGCUCAAGAGUCCAGUGUGGGGCAUCCGAGAACACGCGGCUCGUGUUUAUGCAUCCUUGCUGAAUCGCCCUGACAUUCUGAAAGAUAUCCAAACACUGCUUGAUGUUGAUCGGGAUUCGAAGUCACAGGACUAUCUUCAUGGAAAGGCACUGUCUAUCAAGUAUGCUCUGCGCAGAUUCGGAUCUGCGUCGAUCUCGUUCUGGAAUGAGCAUAUCCACGAAGUAUCUGCAGCCCUGCGACAGAUCUUUGCCACAUUGUUCCCAGUUGCCGAAUCUCCAUUCGUUGCGAACACUUUGCUGGAGAUCCUUGGCGAAUCGGUGGAGAAGAGCUUUGAGUUAGGAACGGAAGAAAAACUGUUGAUGACUAUUUGCUACACAUACGACUCAUACGGAUUUCAAGAUAUCCUGGAGUACCUCUUUGAUACGUCGAGUCCUAAUUACAAUUCAUUGAGCACAACUCGUGCUUCUUCUAUGCUCCGGAGAUCUCUUUCGUGGGUUGGAGCACUGCAAAUGUUUGUGACCGGUGAAUUGGAUGAGCUGGCGCCAUUCGUCAAGACCAUUUCGACGUUCGAUCCCAAUGCUGGUGUAUGGCUGCUCCAGCAGAUACAGGAUGUAAUCGGAGGAAAGGAAAAAUACCGAAAGACCUUGCUGCAACUGUACCCUUCUAUCAUCCUGGGCGACUACUCCGAAGAUGUGAAGGGUUCAGCUAUCUCAUCCCUAGCAUCCAUCCUGGAAGAUCUACUUGACUUCCAUCAUGAUAAAUUCAAGGACGUGGACUUGCCAUGGGAGGAUCUAGACCAACAUAUUAACUCCAAACCGAAUGGUGAAGUGUGGAGCAGAGACCGAUCAGACGCCGAGAUACGUCUCCAAGGAUGCCUUCUCGCAGCCAAGGCUAUUUCCAACCAAGGUCAGAUUUCCGAGACGGACAUUCGCAGAUGGGCCACGAAGCUGCGAUUCGCGAUGGAAGAAGAAACAGAAUUUACCACUCGAGAUGCCGCAGUGACCUCACUAACGGCAUUUGCACGCGUACUGCGGAGCAAAGGCAAAGCUCCACUUGUGGACAAGGUGUACUUGGAGAUCUACCUUAUCCUAUAUGAUAUGCUGAGCGACGACGACGAGGAGCUGCGUGAUAUGGCCGCCGGAACUGCCUCCUGGGUCCUGUCAUAUUCCUCCGUGGCCCCCUCUAAGACAGUUGCCUUGUCUCCCUUGAACGCUGGCCAGCUCCUUGCCGACUUCAUGGUCGAUAACUACCCCGAGUCUCAACUCUUGUCCACUAAAGCAAUCCACUAUAUCACUGGAGAGGAGCCGAAGCUCAGCGGCUCUGUCGAACGCACAAAGCUUGCAACGGUAGAGGCACAGCUUGCCGAGCUGAGAAAGGAGAGCACAACCUUGUUCGAAGAAGAGAGACAAAACUUGUUCAUCGAGGAAAUCCGUGAAGUCGAUAUCUGGUCCUGUAGACUUCUCGGGCUGAGAGAAGCUGCUUUCAGCGAGCGUCUAGUUAAAGAAAGCUCAAAAUGGGUCUCUGACGGCCUCUCCUACGUCGCAGACAUUAUGACAACUGAGUCCGAAAAGGACGGACUGGUCGGCUGGGCCUCAAAGCCAGAAACGUUCACCCUGGGCUUGAGACUGAUUAGCCUCGCGGCCGUGCUGGUGUCAGAGGAGUUUGCAGCUUCUGGAUACCUCUAUGAAGACCGGACUGCUCUCAAGGAGAAGCUGCAGAGGUUACUUGGCAAUGGGGAAACAGCAUUGCUGCAUGAUAACUGGAUUGCGAGAAUACAGAGUGCAUUGGGUAUUGAGGGUUAG